GCGCGUGUACAUCUUGGACUGCAAUCACUGCCGGAUCACAUCUGCACAUCGUUCUUGUCUGAUCUCGUCCGCUGAAUAUUCACGCCUCGCCGCAUUGACCUAGCAGCCCCCAACGACCUCAGCGUUGACCCCGCAUCACUGACAGCAUACUCACUGCCUUUCCCCACCAAACACCCUACUCGCCAUGGUGGACCGAGUCGACUCGAUGCUCGACCUCAUGCGUCGGCUGCCGCCCAUGCAGGUGGAGGAGAACGUCGCCUCGCUUGUGGCGAUGUGUCCAGGUUACGCGGACGAGCUCCUGGGGAGUGUAGACCAGCCGCUGAAGGUGAUGACGGACCGAGCCACAGGAAAGGAAUACUUGGCCUGUGACUACAACAGGGACGGGGACAGCUACCGGUCACCGUGGUCAAAUGAGUACGAUCCACCAUUAGAGGAUGGCACUGUGCCGUCAGCGAAGCUCAGAAAGCUCGAGAUCACGGCGAACGAGGCGUUUGAUACGUAUCGGGAGAUGUACUACGAGGGUGGUGUAUCGUCGGUGUUUCUGUGGGAUUUAGAUGAUGGAGGAUUCGCCGGUGUGGUCUUGCUCAAGAAGAUCCUGAAUCCUUCAUCACCAACAGAGCCUUCAGGCUCCUGGGAUUCCAUCCACGUCUUUGAAGCGGCGGAGCGCGGCCGCCAGGCACACUACAAGCUCACCUCUACCAUCAUGCUGCAAAUGACACACCGAGCUGCGGUGGCAAACGGGAACGGCAAUAGCAGUAUGAAGGAUGGGAAUCAUAAGGAAGGAGAGAAGGACGAUGUGAAGCGGGAGGGCGAGGUCAUGCUGAGCGGGAGCAUGACAAGACAGAGCGAGCAGGACCAUCCCGUAGCCGACCAGUCGUCGCAUAUCGUGAACACUGGCAAGAUGGUCGAAGAUAUGGAAAUCAAGAUGCGGAAUCUUCUGCAGGAGGUCUACUUCGGUAAGACGCGAGAUAUCGUCUUCGACCUACGCAGCGUGGACGACCUCGAGAAGGCGAGGCGACAGCGAGAACUGCAGAAGGAGCUCGUAGGCUUUAUCAAGCGGUGAUCAGUCUCAUCAAUACCCAUUUCGUGUGGCACGUUGGCAUGGGGCCGACGUAUUUGUGGAUAGCAGAAGGGAACCUAGGUCUGUACAUUUUGAAGUAAGAAUGGUAUUUUGCAUUGCUAGACCGUACAACCUCGUGCGGAUCGCGCCACUCAUCAAUGGAGCUCCUGCGAAACCGCUUGACCUUCUGUCGUAUUUGAGACAUCCUGUUCAGCAUUGAUCAUGAUGCAUAAUUAUAUUAUAGCAAACCAUGUUAUUGAGAG